GCCGCACCCACAUUGAAGAGUUCUACAAUCCGUCUCGACAACUAGAUCUUUCCUUACCGACAAGUCACCUCGAACUCAUCCGUCACAAUGGGUCAUUCUCGAGGUCUCCGGUCGGGCACGCGCUAUGCGUUCAGCCGCAACUUCCGCCAGAAGGGCAUGAUCCCCCUCUCGACGUACAUGAAGAUAUACCGAGUUGGUGAUAUCGUCGACAUCAAGGCCAAUGGCGCAGUUCAGAAGGGUAUGCCCUACAAAGUGUACCAUGGCAAGACCGGCGUCGUGUACAACGUGACCAAAUCCGCCGUCGGAGUCAUCAUCUACAAGCGAGUCGGAAACCGAUACAUCGAGAAGCGAGUCAAUGUCCGUGUUGAGCAUAUCGCCCAUUCGAGAUCGAGAGAAGAGUUCCUGAACAGAGUCAAGUCGAACGCCAAACGCCGCCGCGAAGCCAAGGAGAAGGGUGAAUCCGUGCAACUGAAGCGUCAACCCCAGGGUCCCCGAAAAUCCCACGUCGUUGAGUUCACAGGCGUGGAGAGUCUUGCGCCUCAACCUUACGAUACGCACAUCUAAGCGCCCAGAGACUGGUUUUUGUGUCUUUUAUUUUGAGGGCUAGAUGGAACGUGAUGCGGCGAUUACGGUGGGGGCGGCGAGGUGAGGUGAAACCCUGCAAAAUGACCCGGCAAACAAGGUGCGAGGUUGCAGGUCGUGGUGGUGGAAAAGACAGUCACGAUGCGAAAUCAGGGUCUGCUGUUCUUCUAGUGGCCAAGGGCGGUUGCGACCCUCGAGAAAAGCCUUGACAGACCAACGACUAGGGAGUCUUUUCUUCUCUCUGCUUGUUGCGUUGAAAGUGAUAACGGAUUUCAAACAUCACAGUGGCUAGGUCGGCGCAUGUCCUUUCGGGAAUGCAACGAUGAAUUCCUCCAAUCAAUCAAGAGACUUAAGAGUACUUGAAAUCAAUCUCCACCGUCAUCUAACCUCCAUAUCUCUCUGUCUCUUCCCUUCCUACAGGCCGGUCAAGAUCUGAAUGACACGACCUGCUUCGAUCUGCUCCUCUCUUCCAACGCUGA